AUGACACAGCCUUGUACUCUUCGCUGUCACUCGUCAUCUCGCGCAGGGCAGCCCCACUUCUGCUGUUUGGCGCUGGAAUUAAACAACCACCAUGUGGAGCAAAAAGGCAAGACCAAGACCACCAAGAAGCGCCCUCAGCACACAACAUCCAAUGUGUUUGCCAUGUUUGACCAGUCACAGAUUCAGGAGUUCAAAGAGGCCUUCAACAUGAUUGAUCAGAACAGAGAUGGUUUCAUCAACAAAGAAGAUUUGCAUGAUAUGCUUGUUUCCCUAGGGAAGAAUCCCACCGACGCAUACCUUGAUGCCAUAAUGAAUGAGGCACCAGGGUCCAUCGAUUUCACCAUGUUCCUCACCAUAUUUGGUGAGAAGUUAAAUGGCACAGAUCCUGAAGAUAUCAUCAGAAAUGCUUUUGCUUGCUUUGAUGAAGAAGCAACAGGCAUUAUUCAGGAAGAUUACCUGAGAGAGCUGCUGACAACCAUGUGGGAUCGGUUUACGGAUGAGGAAGUGGAUGAGCUGUACAGAGAAGCGCCUAUUGACAGAAAGGGGAAUUUCAAUUACAUAGAGUUCACACACAACCUGAAACAUGGAGCAAAAGACAAAGAUGACUGA